CGAAUAUCCCAUCAACGUUUCGUUCGCCCUUCUGAUGCUUCGCCAGCUUCGGCCCCGCGUCCACGUCUUGACAACUUGACAACAACCCGGAGCCAGGGCCAGUGGGGAUUUUCCGCCGCUUCUCAUUCAGCCAAGCACCAGCUUUCCCCCUCGUUAGAGAGCCUAUAAAAGGACCCCUGCCGUUCCUCUCUAGCUGGCUCUCUUCUCCCGGCCUGGCUUACUACACCCUACAUGUCUGCAACCUCAGCCAUCCGACAACAUAUAAGAGCCGACGUGAAACGCUCCUUAAUCUCGGGCCUCAUGUUUUCGUCCUUCGGGCACGAACAUUGAUAUUCAUUCGACCAACCGGUUGGAUUCCCUCCCCAUCAUCUCCGACACACCAACAAUUCGUUGAUUCCUACCUAACCUCCGUAAUUUCAACCGAGGUCCGACAAAAAACCCAAACCAGAUGGCAGACGUUAAAGUCGUCGAGGGCAGCUUUCAAGUUGACGACGGCGUGAGCCUCUUCACCAAGUCCUGGCUACCCGCCGACGGGCCCCUGAGGGCCAAGAUGAUAAUGGUCCACGGCUUCAACGACCACGUGGAUCGGUACUACGAUUUCUUCCCGAGCCUCGCGCGCCGCGGCAUCGCCGUCCACGCCUUCGACCAGCGCGGCUGGGGCCGCAGCGUCAAGACCCCCGCCGACCGCGGCCGCAGCGGCGCCACCCCGGCCGUGCUCGCGGAUAUCGCCGCCUUCCUCCGAAGCCACCUGCCGCCGGAGAAGGAGGACGGCGAGCGGGCCGCGGAAGGGGCCGGGGGGGCCGGGGGCGCCGACGUGCCCGUGUUCGUCCUCGGCCACUCCAUGGGCGGCGGCGAGGUCCUCGCUCUCGCCAGCACGCCGCAGUACGCCGACCUCAUCGCGCGCGUGCGCGGCUGGAUCCUCGAGGCACCGUUCCUGGGGUUCACGCCCGCCGCGCAGCCGAGCUGGCUGACGAUCGCGUCGGGGCGGCUCGCCGCGCACGUGGUGCCGCACUUCCGGCUCGUGCGCCCCAUCCCGCCGGCGCACCUGUGCCGCGACCCGGCGGUGCAGGCGAGCCUCGCGGCCGACACGCUGCUGCACGAGACGGGCACGCUCGAGGGCCACGCCGCCAUGAUCGGGCGCGCCGAAGACCUCACCGGCGGCCGCCUCCGGCCCCUCCGCCCCCAGGUCCGCUCCCUGCUCGUCGCCCACGGCACCGCCGACGCCAUCGCCAGCUUCGAGCGCGUCCGCGCCUGGGCCGACGAGGCCCGCCGCCCCAGCCGCGGCCCCGACGCCCUCGAGGACCUGGUGUUCAAGGCGUACGAAGGCUGGUUCCACCAGCUGCACGCCGAGCCCGGACGAGAAGAGUUCUACAAGGAUGUCGGCGACUGGAUCUUGGAGCGGAGCGGCGGCGGCGAGGGCCUGCCCCCGGCGGCGCCCGAGGCCAAGCUGUAAGGGAGCGCUAAACUCCGAAGACCCCCAGUCCCCGGCGAGGGGCGGUACCGUGGUAAUGGCAGUAGUGGUGGCACUAAGGGUGCGAGUCUCUGACACAGGAGCGUAUAUGACGCGAUGCAGAAGCCGCUUUUUUCAAAUCUACGGGGACUUCCGGGACAAUCCCCCCCCCC